CUCAGGGAGUUAGGCAGCGAGUCGCAGAGCGAUAGCGGCAGCAGCAGCAGCAGCAGCAGCAGCACUACUACUACUACUCCUUCUGCUACUACUCCAACUCCCACCGAUCUCAACCGUUACCAGAGUGGGCAGCCGCGGUCGUCUCCCCUCGAGAUGCCGGUGACCGAGAAAGACCUAGCCGAGGACGCGCCCUGGAAGAAGAUCCAGCAAAACACCUUUACUCGCUGGUGUAACGAGCAUCUGAAAUGCGUGAACAAACGCAUCGGGAACCUGCAGACCGACCUUAGCGACGGGCUGCGAUUGAUCGCGCUGCUCGAGGUCCUGAGCCAGAAGCAUAUGUACCGCAAGUACCACCAGCGGCCCACCUUCCGUCAGAUGCAGUUGGAGAAUGUGUCGGUGGCGCUCGAGUUCCUGGAACGGGAGAGCAUCAAGCUUGUGUCUAUCGAUAGCAAAGCCAUUGUUGAUGGGAAUUUGAAGCUUAUCCUCGGCCUAGUAUGGACCCUUAUCCUUCACUACUCCAUUUCGAUGCCUGUGUGGGAGGAUGAAGGAGAUGAUGAUGCUAAGAAACAAACUCCGAAGCAGAGGCUGUUGGGAUGGAUUCAGAACAAAAUUCCAUACUUGCCCAUCACAAACUUCAACCAGAACUGGCAAGAUGGUAAAGCACUGGGAGCUCUUGUGGACAGCUGUGCUCCAGGUCUUUGCCCUGACUGGGAGUCUUGGGAUCCUAGCAAGCCAGUAGAUAAUGCCCGGGAAGCCAUGCAGCAGGCUGAUGACUGGCUGGGAGUCCCACAGGUUAUCACUCCUGAAGAAAUUAUCCACCCUAAUGUCGAUGAACACUCUGUAAUGACUUACUUGUCACAAUUUCCCAAAGCCAAACUCAAACCAGGAGCUCCUCUGAAACCCAAACUCAACCCAAAGAAAGCCAGGGCCUAUGGCAGAGGCAUUGAACCCACUGGAAACAUGGUGAAACAGCUUGCCAGAUUUACGGUGGACACUAUCAGUGCUGGACAAGGAGACGUUAUGGUUUUUGUGGAAGACCCAGAAGGCAACAAAGAAGAGGCACAGGUGACUCCUGACAGUGACAAGAGCAAAACUUACUCUGUACAGUAUAUGCCCAAGGUUACUGGGCUUCACAAGGUCAUAGUUCUCUUUGCUGGACAGCAUAUCUCCAAGAGUCCAUUUGAAGUGAAUGUUGACAAAGCCCAGGGAGAUGCUAGUAAAGUAACAGCGAAAGGGCCAGGUGUGGAAACUUCAGGGGUCAUUGCUAACAAGCCAACGUACUUUGAUAUAUACACAGCGGGAGCUGGUGUAGGUGACCUUGGAGUGGAAGUGGAGGAUCCUCAAGGAAAGAAGAACAUAGAAAUGCUCAUAGAAGACAAGGGAAACCAGGUCUUCCGCUGUGCCUACAAACCAACUCAUCCUGGACUCCAUGUUGUUAAAGUCUCAUUUGCUGGGGAGUUGAUUCCUAAAAGCCCUUUCUCUGUUAAUGUUGGAGAAGCUUGCAAUCCAAAUGCCUGCCGUGCCAGUGGCCGAGGUUUGCAACCUAAGGGAGUCCGGAUCAGAGAGACUGCAGAUUUUAAGGUUGACACAAAAGCUGCGGGAAGUGGAGAAGUCAAAGUAAUUGUCAAAGGACCCAAGGGCCUGGAAGAGCUUGUGAAGCAGAAGGACUUUAUGGAUGGUGUAUAUGCCUUUGGGUACUAUCCAGGAAUUCCAGGAAAAUAUGUGGUUAUCAUCACAUGGGGAGGACAUAACAUACCUAAGAGCCCUUUUGAAGUUCAAGUGGGUCCAGAGGCUGGUGUUCAGAAAGUAAGAGCCUGGGGCCCAGGUCUCCAUGGUGGUGUUGUUGGGAAGUCAGCUGAUUUUGUGGUGGAGUCCAUUGGAACCGAAGUGGGAUCUCUAGGAUUUGCAAUUGAAGGCCCAUCUCAAGCCAAAAUUGAAUGUGAAGAUCAAAACGAUGGCUCCUGUGAUGUGAAAUAUUGGCCCAGAGAACCUGGUGAAUAUGCAGUUCAUAUCAUGUGUGAUGAUGAAGACAUAAAGAACAGCCCAUACAUGGCUCUUAUCCAACCGACCUCUGAAGACUUCAGUCCAGAUUUGGUCAAAGCUUAUGGUCGAGGAUUAGAGAAGACUGGCUGCAUUGUCAAUGAUCCUGCUGAGUUCACAGUGGAUACCAAAGCUGCUGGGAAAGCUCCUUUGAAGAUAUAUGCACAGGAUGGAGAAGGAAAUUCUAUUGACGUUCACAUAUUGAACAAGAUGGAUGGAAUUUAUACCUGUUCUUACACUCCGCUGAAGCCAAUCAAGCAUACCUUUGCAAUUGUUUGGGGUGAAGUAGAUAUCCCCAAUAGCCCAUUCAGAGUUGUCAUUGGACAAGGGAGCCACCCUCAGAGAGUCAGAGUGUUUGGGCCUGGUGUGGAGAGAACUGGUCUGAAAGCAAAUGAGCCAACUCACUUCACAGUGGACUGCACAGAGGCAGGAGAAGGUGAUGUCAGCGUUGGCAUUAAGUGUGAUGCCAGAGUGUUGAGUGAGGAUGAGGAAGAUGUGGAUUUUGACAUUAUUCACAACGCCAAUGAUACAUUUACAGUGAAAUACAUGCCACCAGCUUCUGGGCGAUAUACUAUCAAAGUGCUCUUUGCUUCCCAGGAAAUUCCUGCCAGCCCUUUCCACGUCAAGAUUGAUCCUUCACAUGAUGCAAACAAAGUGAAAGCUGAAGGACCUGGGCUAAGUAAAGCAGGUGUGGAAAAUGGAAAACCAACUCACUUCACAGUCUUCACGAAAGGGGCUGGAAAAGCACCACUGGACGUUCAGUUCAAUGGCCCUCUCCCUGGGGAGGCGGUGAAAGAUUUGGAUAUUAUUGAUAACUAUGACUAUUCUCACACAGUUAAAUACACCCCUCUCCAACAGGGUAACACACAAGUUUUGGUGACUUAUGGUGGUGAUCCUAUUCCUAAAAGCCCUUUCACUGUGGGAGUUGCCGCUCCGUUGGAUCUGAGCAAGAUAAAAAUCAAUGGACUGGAAAACAGAGUGGAAGUGGGUAAAGAUCAGGAGUUCACGGUUGAUAUCAAAGGAGCUGGAGGACAAGGGAAAGUGGAUGUAACUAUUUUAACUCCUGGAAGGAAGGUGUUGCCAUGCCUAAUGGAGCCUGUUGUGGGUAAAGACUGUAGUACUGCAAAAUACAUCCCAAAGGAGGAAGGACUUUAUGUGGUUGAUGUGAGCUAUGAUGGAAAUCCAGUCCCAGGAAGUCCUUAUAAUGUGGAAGCCUCUCUACCACCUGAUCCCACAAAGGUGAGAGCCCAUGGCUCUGGUCUUCGAGGUGGUCUGGUUGGGAAGCCUGCAGAGUUUACUAUUGACACUAAAGGAGCGGGAACUGGUGGUUUGGGCCUGACUGUAGAAGGUCCAUGUGAAGCCAAGAUUGAAUGCUCAGAUAACGGGGAUGGGACCUGUUCUGUUGCUUACCUUCCGACAAAGCCUGGUGAUUAUUUUGUUAAUAUUCUCUUCGAAGAUGUUCACAUUCCGGGUUCUCCAUUUCAAGCAGACAUUGAAAUGCCAUUUAAUGCCUCUAAAGUCAUUGCCACAGGACCAGGGCUUGAAUGUGGGAAAGUAGGUGAAGCUGGUUUGCUUAAUGUGGACUGCUCAGAAGCAGGCCCUGGGGACUUGGGUUUGGAAGCAAUAUCAGAUUCUGGUGCUAAAGCUCAAGUCCAGGUUGAAGAUAACAAAGAUGGAACUUAUGCGGUUACCUAUCUACCCCUGUCUGCUGGAAUGUAUACACUAAUGAUGAAAUACGGAGGAGAACAAGUGCCAAAGUUCCCUGCCCGGGUCAAAGUUGAACCAGCUGUGGAUACCAGCAAAAUAAGAGCUUUUGGACCAGGAAUAGAAGGAAAAGACGUUUUCCGCGAAGCCACAACUAACUUCACAGUAGAUGCCCGUUCCUUGACAAAAGUAGGAGGAGAUCAUAUCAAAGCACUUGUCACCAGUCCCUCUGGAGCUUCCACUAACUGUCCAAUUGAAGACCAUGCUGAUGGAACUUACAGUGCAGAGUACACUCCAUUUGAAAAAGGCCCCCAUAUAGUAGAGGUAACAUACGAUAAUGUACCGGUUGCACAGAGCCCUUUCAAAGUGGGGGUUACUGAAGGUUGCCAUUCAUCGAGGGUUAAAACCCAUGGUCCUGGUUUGAAAGAAGCUUUCACAAAUAAACCAAAUGGAUUCAGUGUGGUGACAAGAGGAGCAGGAAUUGGUGGACUUGGCAUAACUGUUGAGGGACCAUCUGAGUCAAAGAUAAGUUGCAAAGAUAAUAAAGACGGCAGCUGCAGUGCUGAAUAUAUUCCAUUUGCUCCAGGAGACUACGAUGUUAAUAUCACGUAUGGAGGAGAACACAUACCUGGUAGCCCAUUCAGGGUUCCCGUGAAAGAUGUGGUCGACUCCAGCAAAAUAAAGGUUGCCGGUCCAGGUAUAACCACAGGAGUGAGAGCCAGAAUCCGACAAUCUUUUACAGUGGACAGUAGCAAAGCUGGGUUUGCCCCUCUUGAGGUUCGGGUAGUGGGGCCUAGAGGCCUGAUAGAUCCUGUGAAUGUGAUGGACAAUGGAAAUGGUACACAUACUAUAACAUAUACCCCUUCCCAAGAAGGACCUUACACAAUCUCUGUUAAAUAUGCUGAUGAAGAGAUCCCCCGCAGUCCCUUCAAGAUUAAAGUCCUUCCUACAUAUGAUGCUAGUAAAGUGACCGCUAAUGGACCUGGCCUCAGUUCCUAUGGUGUGCCAGCCAGUUUGCCUGUGGAUUUUGCAAUCGAUGCUAAAGAUGCAGGUGAAGGGCUCCUCGCUGUACAGAUCACUGAUCAAGAAGGAAAACUAAAGAGAGCGGAUAUUCAUGACAACAAAGAUGGCACUUUCUCAGUAACCUAUAUCCCGGAUAAGACAGGCCGCUAUGUGAUUGGGGUUACUUAUGGAGGUGAUGAGAUCCCAGCAUCUCCUUACCGAAUCCGGGCCACACCAACAGGUGAUGCCAGCAAAUGCAUGGCCACAGGUCCUGGAAUUGCAUCCACUGUAAAAACCGGUGAAGAGCUUGGUUUCGUGGUUGAUGCCAAGACUGCUGGGAAAGGUAAAGUGACAUGUACUGUUCUGACCCCGGAUGGCACAGAAACUGAAGCGGAUGUUAUUGAAAACGAGGAUGGGACGUAUGAUAUUUUCUACACUGCUGCAAAGCCGGGAACCUAUGUUAUCUAUGUUCGCUUUGGGGGAGUGGAUAUUCCCAACAGCCCAUUCACCGUCAUGGCUGCAGAUGAUGAAGUUGCAGUUAUGGAGGAGGCACCGGUAAAUGCAUUUCUCCCUGGAUACAAUCCUUGGGUGACUGAAGAAGCUUAUGUCCCAGGCAGUGACGUGAAUGGCUUAGGAUUUAAACCUUUUGAUAUGGUCAUUCCAUUUGCAGUAAGGAAAGGAGAAAUAACUGGUGAAGUCCACAUGCCUUCUGGAAAGACUGCUAGCCCAGAAAUUGUGGACAACAAAGAUGGUACAGUGACUGUUAGAUAUGCUCCUGUUGAGGUUGGGCUGCAUGAGAUGCACAUCAAAUAUAUUGGUAAUCACAUCCCGGAGAGCCCCCUCCAGUUCUACGUCAACUACCCAAACAGUGGAAGUGUAUCUGCUUUUGGUCCUGGUCUCGUGUAUGGUGUGGCUAACAAAACCUCCACCUUCACCAUAGUCACAGAAGAUGCAGGAGAGGGUGGACUUGACUUGGCUAUUGAAGGACCUUCCAAAGCAGAGAUUAGUUGCAUUGAUAACAAGGAUGGCACCUGCACGGUGACCUAUCUGCCGACCCUUCCGGGUGACUACAGCAUACUGGUCAAGUACAAUGACAAGCACAUUCCUGGCAGCCCAUUCACAGCCAAGAUCACAGAUGACAGCAGGAGAUGUUCCCAGGUGAAGCUAGGCUCUGCUGCUGAUUUCCUGCUUGAUAUCCAAGAAACUGAUCUUAGCACGUUGACAGCCAGUAUUAAGGCCCCGUCUGGCCAUGAUGAGCCUUGCCUCCUAAAGAGACUACCUAAUAACCAUAUUGGCAUUUCAUUCAUCCCACAUGAAGUGGGUCAGCACGUAGUCAGCAUUAAGAAGAAUGGCAGCCAUGUGCCCAAUAGUCCUGUGUCCAUCAUGGUGGUUCAGUCAGAAAUUGGAGAUGCCCGUAGAGCUAAAGUCUCAGGCCAGGGCUUGACUGAAGGGCGUACUUUUGAGAUGUCAGAUUUCAUCGUUGAUACAAGAGAUGCAGGGUAUGGUGGCAUAUCUCUAGCAGUUGAGGGGCCCAGCAAAGUCGACAUUCAAACAGAAGAUCUGGAGGAUGGAACCUGCAAGGUGUCAUACUUCCCAACGGUACCGGGUAUUUAUAUUGUGUCUACCAAAUUUGCGGAUGAACAUGUGCCAGGUAGCCCAUUUACGGUGAAAAUAAGUGGAGAAGGAAGGGUCAAGGAGAGCAUCACUCGCACAAGCCGGGCUCCCUCUGUAGCAACAAUUGGGAGUAUAUGUGAUCUUAAUCUGAAAAUUCCAGAAAUUGAUAGCGGGGAGAUGUCUGCUCAGGUCACCAGCCCCUCUGGCAGAAUAACAGAAGCAGAAAUAGUUCCCAUGGGAAAGAGCUCUCAUUGUGUUCGUUUCAUCCCGGAAGAGAUGGGCGUUCAUACAGUGGCUGCAAGAUACCAGAACCGGCAUGUUCCAGGCAGCCCAUUUCAGUUCACAGUUGGACCUCUUGGUGAGGGGGGUGCUCAGAAUGUCCGAGCUGGAGGGCCAGGCCUUGAGAGAGGAGAAGCAGGAGUACCAGCUGAAUUCAGCAUAUGGACCAGAGAAGCAGGAGCCGGAGGCCUUUCCAUUGCCGUUGAAGGACCAAGUAAAGCAGAAAUUGCAUUUGAUGACCAUAAAAAUGGAUCUUGUGGUGUGUCUUACAUUGCACAAGAGCCUGGUGACUAUGAGGUGUCAGUCAAGUUCAAUGAUGAACACAUUCCAGACAGCCCUUACUUGGUUCCAGUUAUCGCUCCUUCAGACGAUGCUCGCAGACUCACUGUUAUGAGCCUUCAGGAGUCUGGAUUAAAAGUUAACCAGCCAGCAUCCUUUGCUAUAAGACUGAAUGGAGCAAAGGGCAAAAUUGAUGCAAAAGUUCACAGCCCCUCUGGAGCAGUGGAAGAAUGCCAUGUUUCCGAGUUGGAGCCAGACAAGUAUGCAGUUCGCUUUAUCCCACAUGAAAAUGGAGUUCACACAAUUGAUGUGAAGUUCAAUGGGAGCCAUGUUGUGGGAAGCCCAUUUAAAGUUCGAGUUGGGGAACCAGGACAAGGAGGAAAUCCAACUCUUGUCUCUGCAUAUGGAGCUGGCCUAGAAGGGGGCACCACAGGAACACAGUCGGAAUUCUUCAUAAACACCAUUAGAGCAGGCCCAGGCACACUGUCUGUAACAAUCGAAGGGCCGUCAAAGGUCAAAAUGGAUUGCCAAGAGACCUCUGAAGGGUAUAAAGUUAUGUAUACUCCUAUGGCUCCAGGAAACUAUCUGAUUGGAGUGAAAUACGGUGGGCCUAACCACAUUGUGGGCAGUCCUUUCAAAGCCAAAGUUACAGGCCAACGUCUAGUUGUCCCUGCCUCUGUCAAUGAGACUUCUUCCAUCCUGGUUGAAUCUGUGACUAGGUCUUCAACAGAGACUUGCUACAGUGCUCUUCCCAAAUCCUCAUCGGAUGCCAGCAAAGUGACCUCAAAGGGAGCAGGUCUCCUGAAAGCAUUUGUGGGUCAGAAGAGCACCUUCACAGUAGAUUGCAGCAAAGCCGGUUCCAAUAUGUUGUUAAUUGGUGUCCAUGGCCCCACAACUCCCUGUGAAGAAGUGUCCAUGAAACAUGUGGGAAAUCAGCAGUAUAAUGUAACCUACGUUGUCAAGGAGAGGGGGGAUUACGUUCUGGCCGUGAAAUGGGGGGAGGAGCACAUUCCUGGAAGCCCCUUCCAUAUCACUGUACCUUAAGUAGUUGUCAAAGUAUUCUUUGUAAUUCAAGCUUCUAUACAAUGUAUGUUCUUGUUGUGAAACAAAAAUAGCUUCUGAAUAUGCAGCUUAUACAUCCAGAAGAAAAUUCUAUACUCUGUAUUUUUUAGAAAAAUUUUCAAAACUUGAAAAUGUAAUGUUCUGUCUUAAAAUGUGUGUGUUCAAUUCAAAGUUUGUUCCUUUCAGUGCUAUUAUUUUGUAACAGCGUUUGGAAGUCAUGCAGAUGACAUUUUCCAUUUUAGAUGCUAAAGUCUUUGGAUAACAAUUGAAACUGGAUUUUUAAAAAAAUGUAAUUGGUUAUCUUAAGCUACUGAUGUGUCUCUUUUUGGCCUGUCAUGGAACAUAAAUUUAGGGUGAAGCAGUUCCCCAUUUCAGAGUCUUUUUAUGAAGGAAUAGGGCUAAGAAAUUGGUACUUUAGUAUGUGCCUUUAUAUGCUUGAUAUGUUUUUAGUGCUUAACACUAGGAAAAGGCUACUAAGUGACUUGACCACUGUCUUAUCUCUUACAAAGUGUUCUGCAGCGUGGUUUACACUUGUAACAAGGUUCAACUUGUUCAGUCCGAUUUGUGUUCAGGUAAGAGAUUCCUUACCAGGAACUUGCUCUCUUUCUAUGCUACUACUGCCUUCCAUAUCAUUGACCUUGGGCAAGUUCAUCUCUGCUCAACACUAGCAACCUGCACUUGUAAAACCAAGAGACUCUCUUACAAAGCCAGCAAUAGCUGGUCUUUUCACCUGUUUACCAGGAACCCUUGGUCUUUUCAAGCUUCAGAUGACCCAAGAUCUAAUACAGAAAAUCUAAGGGGCUCACCUAGGAUAAAGAUGCCCACCUCAAACUGUUGGGUUAGUAGUGUAUAGGGGGCAGGAGGGUUGGAGGAGGAAGAAUAAAAAAUAUUUAAUCACUUGAGAGGAGUACAGAUAGGCCUAUUCUCUUUUCCAGGAAAAGAGUAUCUAUUGUAGCUUUCCUGAAGGAGUGAGUAGUUGCCCUUGAAUGGUGACUGUAGACAGAACCGAGCAUCUGGUCAAUAGUUUCCUGUAGCUGCCAGUGAAAUACAAAACUCCCUAAUUGCUCACUUAAUCUUUUCUGCUGCAAAACUAUUAAAGAGCCUCAAGAUUCAUCUUUCCAAUAAUAUGAAUAUUCCCUUCCCAGAGCUAUCUGGCUUUAAGGUAAAGCUUAUUAUUUAGCAAACUGCCUUGCAAAUGCAGAAUUAACAAACUGGUAACUGGUGGGUGGGCAAAAGCUUUAUAAAUGAUCUUUAAAUCUAAAAAUAAAUGCAUGGAAAAUCAGUGGUGUUCAUGUUGGACAGAGCUCCAUUGAGAGAGCGGGACCAGAUUCUUAAAGCGAAUCUACUACUUAAAAUGAAAUCAGAAGAAUUUGAGCUGUUUUGCUUUAACCAUGCUUUGUGCUUUACUGUGAAUUGUUCACAAUGUUGUAAACUAGAGUGAAAGAUAAACUGGAAUCAAAUGCAGGAUUGUAAUGUCUUAUAACUUAUUAAAAGGUUUUGCUCCAUAAAGUUAAACUUGCAUGUUAAAAA